UUUAUCGACUAAAGAUUUUAAUUGUCAUCUAGCUAGAUAUCUACUAGCUAGAGUAGAUAUAUAGCUUUCUAAGUCUAGACUCUAGAUCUAUUCUAUAACAGUGAUUAUAAGCAAACUCCUCGUCAAUGUCAACAAAUAAACACAUUUUGGAUAUUAACAAAUUCUAAAUUAAUCAUUGGUCUUAAAAUGUUUGCAGUAAAAUAUCAGAACAGUAAUUUUCUGAAGUCUUUUAUUUCAAUUUUAACAGAGAAUAACUUGUGUAAACAAUUGCCUACAUUGGCCCGGUUCACUCAUGACGCAAGCAGCUCCAGCACUGAAAGUAGUUUGACUACAUACAAAAAGGAGAAAAAGUUUGUCAGCAGAGACAGAACCUUUGAGCAUGCCACUAAGUCACCAUACAAGACACCUGGACCCCGCAGAUAUGGACAUUAUAUAGAGUAUAUGACUGAUGGUGUCUUGCCCAGACACGAAAGGCCAGUGAGAUCUCUCCCACCAUACAGACCAUCAGAUUCUUGGUCAACCAAAAAAGCCUUAUUUGGUCAGAAUGACUAUAUAGAUAUACUUGGAGAUGGAACAGUGCAUCCAGCAGACUUGUUGACUGGUCCUAGGUGGUUGAUUGCCUUCAAAGCUGAUGAGAGAUUGAGACUUCUGCGUCAGAUGGAGUGGGAAGGAAACAGACUGAAACUUUUCUACCCAUCAGAAUACAACAGGAUACAGAAGAGGAUACGUUAUUUAACCAAAAUAUACAACUUUAAAAGAAAAAGUAGGUCUGCAGAUGGAGACAUGAGCCUAUAAGACGUUUUUUUUGUUGCACAGAAUAUUUUUAUGACCAUUAAAAUGAAAACAUUUCUACAAGUUUCA